GAUCAAUGUGUUUACAUGAAGUACAGUAGAAGAGAUCGCCUAUCCCGACUUUCAUUUGACACCCCAAGACUGAAACUGGAAGUCAAUUCUGACAUUAUCCACAACACCUAAGUGUUAGGCUACUGUGGUCUGCGCAGUAAAACAUCUUCUCAUUAUUGCGCCAUAACAACAUCUUAGUUUCAAUCUCAUUCACUUAUCACAAUCAUUUCUGCCAGAUUUAAUGAGUUUCAACGCGUCUCGUUUUCUUAAUCAGUUGGGCAACACCGAAUUUACCAGAUUGGCACCAUUUUUCAGGCAAUAAUUAGCCUACACUUAAUAUAUGAAAUGUGUUACAAUGUGAGGCACAAAUUAUGAAUUGGUUCAUUAACCACGAUUAAAAUAUUAUGAGAAUCUGGAGUCAUAAAGACAAGGCAACGGGCUUUAUAGAGAUGUACUACGAGUCGUAAUGUGAUUAGUAGUAGCUAUUUUUUGUCCUUCCCUUUUCUUUGACCUGUGAAUGUGAGGGAAUUUGUUCCGCUUGUACACUUUGAAUACAGGAAAUAAGGUGAUUUGGGUAACACCAAUGCACUCUCACAGGACAAAUAAUAUGAUUUGGGUAACAUCAGUGCACUCUCACGGGACGUGUCUGUGUCGCACAGCCAUGCAGGAAUUUGUAGUAGAUCUGGACCUCCUGGCUCUCGGCUCUUGACCCCCUCUCUGUGUUUCUGGGCUACCUCCGGGGGCAUGUAGUGCAGAGGGCCAUUAGGAUAUUUGACAAUCUCAGCUUGUUACAACUCCAUCAGUUAAUUGGAUCCCUUGUAGAGCCGCUCGUUUGACUCAUCUGCCACUUAAAAGGACAAAAGCGCGCUGGGGGUCGUUCACACCUCGCGCCCCUGAGCAGGUAUAAAAGAACCGCUGGCUCUCCAAGCUUCAUUCCACUGCGCUCCUCACAAGUUCGAGAACAUCUCUACUGCGGAUCACUUUUAAACACCUUUUGGACUUUUACCUACCCAAACAGAAGCCAUGCAGAUGCCUGGAAGAGCUUAUCAAACUUAUGGACAAUUAGUGCGUCCUCUCCAUCCGGACUAUGCCACUUCAUCAAAACCGAGCACAGGGAAAUCCUUCACAAUCGACGCUCUGCUUGCAAGGCCUGACCACACGGAGAGAGACAGAACAAGUGUGUAUCGGAACAUCACCAAUCGAGCGCCAGGCUCGAGUUCCAGUGUCCCAUUCGCGGCGCAUGUGUACUCGCAAAUGCCACACUUUGCGUACAGCCAGAGUAUCAUGACGCAGAAUGGGUAUCCAGUUUUCUGCUACCCGCCUUACAACUACCAGACAACAUGCCGUGGAGCUAUAUAUGCACAAGAUGCCGUACUGGCUAAAGCAGCAGUCCACUCUCACUAUAAACACAAAGCUGGGAAAUCAAAGCGAAUGCGCACAAGUUUUACCAAUGAGCAACUGUCCCGACUGGAGAAGGAGUUCGCGCGGCAGCAGUAUAUGGUCGGAUCCGAGCGCUUCCUUCUGGCAUCUGCUCUCCAGCUCACUGAAGCACAGGUUAAAGUUUGGUUCCAGAACAGACGCAUCAAGUGGCGAAAGCAGAGUCUUGAGCAACAACAAGCCAAGUUAGCCAAACUGGGGCUCGCAGUGCCACCAAAGAGCCCCGGAUCUCAGGGCAGGGAGGACGAGGAGAGAGAUUUCACAGAAGAGUCUGAUGUGGACAUUGACAUCGAGGAUUCACUUCAAGACUGAAAAAACCACACUCGCUGUUAUUUUUAUACAGCGUUUUUGUAUAUAUUUGAUUUCCUCUAGAUGAAACAGGCCUCUCUGUUUGUACACAUAUUUAAUUAAUAGAUAUAGCCUAUAUUUAACGUGUUUCUAUGCACACAUUGCUCUUAUAAGGGUAUCUUCGUAUUCGAUAAAACGUUUGUAUAUGGAUGAAAUAAAAGGGAAUAUAUUUUUAAAACUGAA